AUGGAGGAGCCGCUGCUCGGAAAGAGCAAUGGACCUGACAGGAAUGCUAUGCUGAAGCUCCCUUGCAAGGUCACGGGGAUCACCGUGUCGGGGGUUCGCUUCACCAGCAAGGAGUUCAUUCAACGGCUGCUGCAGAGAGCGCAGGAGAAGACGACCCAUGGGGAACUGGCAGAAGAACUCAGUCGAGCUUCAGGUCGCCUCGAGCAGAUUGGAAUCUUCCGUGCUGUGCGGUGUGAAGUAGACGCGGGUCAGAAGGAUGACGAUGUUGUCAUCCUGGUCGAUGUCGAGGAGAAAGGGAGACACACCGUCAGCACUGGGACCUUCGUCAACGAGGGAGAAGGCAACUUGGAAGUUUCUUGGACUCUGCGAAACUUUGGCAUCAGUGCGGAGCAGGUGCAGAGCAGCGUCGCUUGUGGAAGCAGUGGGUCCAACGGUUUCCGUGUUGAGUUCGUCAAGCCUUACAUCACGGACAACCUCUCCUUUCAAGCCAGCGCCUUCGAGAAUUUGAAACGCAUCGCGACUCCCAGAAGUGUCGGAGAGAAGAAGACAGGGUUUGCAAUGACUCUUGGUCAGGUUGAAGGCUCCAGCUCUUUCACCUAUGAGAUCAGCAGGCGAAGUCUUGCCGGUGCGAGCCAAGACGAUGGCUGGGAAAGCAAGGAUAUGACCAGCCUGAAAUCUUCCAUCAUGCACACCUUUUUGCGUGACACGCAAGACAACAAGGAGUCGCCUACAAGAGGAUGGCUCAUCAAGAACGUCCUUGAGGUCGCGGGCAUCGGAGGUCUGGGGUGCAAGUUCUGGAAGAAUGAGGUUUAUGCACAGGUCCAUCACAGCCCGUGGCGAGAGAAAAGCUUCCUCAAUUCCAUCACUCUGUCCUUGACUGGUCGGUUUGGAGUCUUGCAAACUCUCGGGGGCGACACUAGCAGAUACUUCGAUCGGUUUCAUAUGGGGGGAGCCUGGAGCCUGCGGGGGUUCAAGCCGAGGAGUGUUGGGCCUUCGUUCGGGCAUGGCUAUGCUGGGACCGUGUCAGUGGGAGGAGAAGCGAUGGCUAUGGUGGACGCAUCUCUUUCCGGGGAUCUUCCUCUUCCUGCUAGCCUGUCAAGAUUCACUAAAGCACGGUUUCAUGUCUUCGGCAACGUCGGCAACAACGUGGCUGUUCCUAGUGGCCCUCCUGUGCUCACCAAGUGCUCUCAAGUCUUCCGCGACGUCAGGUCUGCCGUGGGAGUGGGACUCUUAAUCCCUACUCCACUCGGGCGACUGGAGAUCAACCUAUGUCUGCCCUUGCGGGGUUCUCAGGCUGACAUGGACAGAGCCUCUUUCGUACAGAUUGGGCUUGUGCCGGUCUGA